UCGGUCCGUCUCGGUAACGGUCCGGUCCGUCACCUCCAGGCCCGGUGCAGGUCGGUAACACGGUGCCGGUUCUGCCCUUUAAUCUGGCCGGGGAAGCUGCGCUGACUGCCCGCAGAGGCGACAGGGUUAGCUCGCUGUUAGCAUCGGAGGCUAGCAGCAGAGAACCAAAACAAACCCGGAGCUAACGGAGGCUAGGCUAACCGAAGCUAACUGAAGCUAACGGAGGCUAAAGCUAACUCAACAUGGCGACAGAGGAGAAGAAACCAGAGACAGAAAACAUCAAACAGUCUUCUUCCUCCUCUGGAUCCAGCAGCAAGUCUAACCCGGCCAAACCAAACUACACAGUGAAGUUCACGUUAGCCGGACACACGAAGGCCGUUUCCUCCGUCAAGUUCAGCCCCAACGGAGAAUGGCUGGCCAGCUCCUCUGCUGAUAAGCUGAUAAAGAUUUGGGGAGCGUACGACGGCAAGUUUGAGAAAUCCAUCGUUGGACACAAACUGGGGAUAUCAGACGUCUCCUGGUCUUCAGACUCCAACCUGCUGGUUUCUGCUUCUGACGACAAAACACUGAAGAUCUGGGACAAUAACUCUGGCAAGUGUCUGAAGACUCUGAAGGGUCACAGUAACUACGUCUUCUGCUGUAACUUCAACCCUCAGUCCAACCUGGUGGUGUCAGGAUCGUUUGAUGAGAGUGUUCGUAUCUGGGAUGUGAAGACGGGGAAAUGUCUGAAGACUCUUCCGGCACACUCUGACCCGGUCUCUGCAGUUCACUUCAACAGAGACGGAUCGCUCAUCGUCUCCAGCAGCUACGACGGCCUCUGUCGUAUCUGGGACACAGCGUCAGGACAGUGUUUGAAGACUCUGAUAGAUGACGACAACCCUCCCGUCUCUUUCGUCAAGUUUUCUCCAAACGGCAAAUACAUCCUGGCUGCUACUCUGGACAACACACUGAAGCUCUGGGACUACAGCAAAGGAAAGUGUCUGAAGACGUACACCGGACAUAAGAAUGAGAAGUACUGCAUCUUCGCUAACUUCUCCGUCACAGGAGGGAAGUGGAUCGUGUCGGGCUCGGAGGACAGCAUGGUUUACAUCUGGAACCUUCAGACCAAAGAGAUCGUUCAGAAACUACAAGGACACACAGACGUGGUGAUCUCGACCGCCUGCCAUCCAACAGAGAACAUCGUGGCUUCGGCCGCUCUGGAGAACGACAAGACCAUCAAACUGUGGAAGAGCGACUGUUAGUCUGCAG